UAUAGAUACAUUCAUUAUCUUAAUAUUAACUUAGAUCUUCAUUAAUGAUCAGAAACACUUGAAGAGGAAGCACACACCCUCUUCCUGUCAAGAGCUCACAAAACCCUCACUGCACCUCAAGUACUGCCCGAGAAGAGACGUUUAAGAUUGAAGAUAACCAAGCGCAGCAAUAGCAAUGGAAAACAUGACUUGUCCACCAUUUGACUCAUCUUAUUUCAGAUACCCCCUUUUUACGUUGGUGUAUAGCAUUGUGCUUGUGCUAGGUUUGCCAUUAAAUGGGAUUUCUUUGUGGAUUUUCUUCAGAAAACUGGGGCUUAAUUCUGUGCCAGCCAUUUAUAUGGCCAACCUAGCAGUGUCUGACCUUCUCUUCAUCAUUUCUCUACCUCUGAGGAUCUACUACUUCGCAACGACUCGCUGGCCAUUUGGAGAUGCCUUGUGCAUGAUACCAGGGACCCUGUUUUCAGUGAACAUUUACUCCAGCUCCUUCUUCAUCGGCUUGAUCAGCCUGGACCGGUUCCUUGCUGUCGUGUAUCCGUUGAGGUCCCGUGCUCUUCGAACCCCAGGGUUUGCCAGACUGGCCUGUGGGACGGUCUGGCUGUUAAUUCUGGCAUUAGGCAUCCCCAUCGCGCUGAACCACGGGACAAAUAAAGACGCCUGCAACGUCACCCGCUGUUUUGAGUCUUAUUCUGAUACAAACUGGAGAUUUGGAUUCAUUAUACUCUGUCUCAUAACAGGGUUUGGAAUAAUCGUUCCACUUGUGAUCAUCACGCUCUCCACCGUGCUGGUGAUAAAGACUCUGCACACUCGCAAGGUCAGCUCCACCGUGUUUAAAAAGCACAAGAUCAUCUGGAUGUUCAUCAUGAAUCUGCUCAUGUACGCUGUGUGCUUUGUGCCCUUUCAUGUUGCAUUCAUACUGUAUGCUUUACAUAAGCUGAAGUACCUCCAGUACAAUUUCUUUAAUGCUCAAACAAUAACAAUGUGCUUAGCCAGCAUGAACAGCUGCCUGGACCCCAUCAUUUACUAUUUUACUGCUGAUGCUUUCUGGAAGAAAAAGCAUGAGGACACACCGCUGACAUCAAUGAAAACAGUAUUACAGGACCAGUAAGCAUAUUAUUUGCAAGCUUAUUAAAAAAAACAAAAAACAAAACAAAAACAACAACUGAUGCAUUAGACGCCAUUGUAAAUACAGUGAGAGCUAAUGUACACUGCUUCUAAAAGUGAUAUCAAUUGUAUUUAAUGUGAUUACAUGGGAACUAAAUUAGCAUUUUACUCCAGGAGAAAAGGUAUUGAUCAUGUUAUUUCAUAUUACAAUUAGCAAUGACAAAACAGCUGUUUCUUAUAUUUUAACCCAAAUGAGCUUUGCUGUCUCACUCAGAAAUAUCAGAUUAGGUAGAUUAGUAGAUUAAAACCUUGAUUAUCCAAACUUCAGUUAUCGGGGCAGCAGUUACCUGAGCCCCUUGUUAACCUGUCUAGCUGUGUGCAAUGUUCCUCUGCCUUGUUUAACAGAAAAUGUGUUAUUUUACCUGCAAUCUCAUGUAUUUAUUAGUGUAGCACUGGAGGUUCUGUAUUUAAAGGGAAAGCGGUUGUAGAAAGUAUUUUUUAGGUUUCAAA